GCCCAGUGUCCUUGUUUUUCUGCAAAGUUGUUGACCAGGCAACACACUAAGUACCGGUGUUUCGUGGAAGGCUCAGGACCAUCAUCAUGAAGACAUGAUAAGUAGUGGGUAACCUGACACCACAAUGCCCCAGCCCAAGACUGGUCAGCAACUCGAGUUCCGAUGGGAAAUCGACCCUCAGUUUUCCAGCGUACGCCCGAAGAGCGUCUUGAAGCAAUAUGGAAUGGUCGGAAGGUAGGCCUUUCCCCAGAACCCCCUGCAGGACACCUUCGCGUUAAAUUUUACGUCGAAUACGAAAAGGAUUAUGACCUAGCCGUGACUUGGUCUGUUCUAGUAGCAGAUUUUCCCUUGGAGCCUUCAGGAGAGUUUAACUUUGCGCGCGUUAAAAGAAAAUGGGCUCUGGAAAGUUGUCAGGCCAUCGACCCAGUUCGCUUAAUACCUUUUGAGAGUCAACGUCCCGACGUCCUCUCAGCCAUUGCUGUCAAGGUCCUCACAGAGGAAACAAGAGAGUUGUUAAUAUAUGAACCUUCGCCGUCGGAACGAACCCUGAAGAUUCGCGAAAAGCGGAUGCGUGUGGUACGACGAUACGAGGCCUCAGUGGAGAAUGCUCAAGAGGCCAUAGUGCAUAAAGUAGACGCGGUUGCGAAUUGCCUAUCAAGUAGGCCUUUUCAACGUGCAGGUGUGGUCACUACUCGAAGCUGGCCUAAUACCAUCCGACGAUCUCUGCAAUACUCUGUGCCCUCCCCGCACUACUCUUUGGUGCUGGGUGCUAUCAUUAUACUCAUCAUACUUGGCGAGUAUUCCAAGUAUGUUAAAUUAUUUUUUGAUUUUAUUUCAGUGAUCCAUUCGCAAAUUUUCAUUUUCUUCUAAAAUGUCGUUUCACAAUUUUACGACGUGCUCGAAAGAGCAAUAUUCCACGACUUCUGUAAUAACUGCCUCGUUUUAGUCUAAUCGUCGUUGUAUGACACUGUUUGACCUUCUGUUUUGCUUCUUUUAUCAUGAUCUAUAUGCUUUAUGUCGUAUGAGAAGUUUUUUCUUGAUCUCGAGAUCGUUUGUACAAUUAUUGUACUAUAGUUAUGCUGCAGUUGAAUGCAAAUUUACGCCGUGAUCUUC